GCCGACAGCCCCGCAUGAAAAAACAAGCAGCUAGUUAGCUAGCUCCCUGUCUAACAGCAGCAGACAGUUGGCCCGCAGCCGGCUGAUCGUCUCCUCAACUUUUGGGAAGCAACUUUUAGAGUAACACGAAUUGUUGAUCGCAGUUGGACAGACCUACUUCCCCCCUUAAGUCAUGGCGUGUGGAGCCACCCUGAAGAGGACCAUGGAUUUCGAUCCCCUGAUGAGCCCUACGUCCCCUAAAAGACGAAGAUGUAUCCCCGUGGCCCCAUCGUCCUCAUCCUCAUCCCCUAGGAAGUACCUUAGCAUGGAGCCCUCGCCAUUCGGGGAAUCGUCGUCAAGGCUUAGUGCAGAACAAAUCCUCAACAGCAUCAAGCAGGAGUACAAACGCAUUCAAAAGAGGAAGCAUCUAGAUGGAGGCUACCAACAGUCAGAGUGCUGCUAUUCUCCAGAGUCCCCAUCCCAGUCGUCUACUAUGAAUGUUUCCAGCAUGCCAGGAACGUCCUCUGGAGGCAUUUCACCCACUAGAAAAGAACAGCCAUUAUUCACCCUCAGACAAGUUGGAAUGAUCUGUGAACGUCUGCUCAAAGAAAAGGAAGAGAAGGUGCGAGAGGAGUAUGAGGAGACCAUGACUUCAAAACUGGCAGAACAAUAUGACACCUUUGUGAAGUUCACACAUGAUCAGCUAAUGCGACGAUUCGGGGAGCAACCUGCAAGCUAUGUUUCCUGAGUGUGGCCCAGAAAUAUUUGCAAGACAGCCUUCUCUUGCUGCAAGCUAUCACGUGAUAUCUCAAGAAAGAACAAGAAAAAAAAGCUCAUCAUUGUAAGAGAUUCAGUUUAGCUAGUUUAAAUGAAACUUUUCUUACUGUGCCAUAUUUCUGUCUUUGGGCAAAGGUUUAUAUGGAGCUGUUGUCAGUUGUUACCACUCUGUUAGCAACUAGGUGCUUCCUUAUGUAAAUUAAAAGGACCCUAUCUCUACCGGUGGCCUAUGUUCCUCCUGCUGUACGUGUAUCUACAGUUAUCUCACUUUUGUAAUGAUUCCCAGCAUUCCAGGCUUUGUCACUUGUUCUUCUGUUUGUUACAUGUAAAUAUGAUAAAGCAGUGCAAGAGUUUUACUUAAGGUUUGCUGGUCAAUCUGAGAGGAAGGGGAGGAAACGCAGCAGAACAGAGCGAAUAUGUUUGCAGAUUGUCCUCUGUUCAUUACUUUUUAAUUUGAGCAUUAAGUGGGCUAAUUUGAUUUUUUUUUUCUCCCUACCAGUGUUUUAUUUAUUUUGACUUGUUUUUUGCUGGUAUCACUUUGAAACCAAUGUACUCAAUGGAAAAAACAAUAAAAAUCUUUUAAAGAGUU